AUGCAGCUACUCAAAACUUCCAUUCAGAACUAUUUAAACACAUACGCAACACAAGAUGAUCGUGUAUUUUGUCGCAAUGAUGAGUGUAAUGGUUUAAUUCAGUUUAGUCGAAACUGUCAAGCUUGUUUAACUUGCGGUAGAAAUGUUUGUCCUAAAUGUCAAGUCAUUGAUGACGAACUUCAUGUAGAACGGACUUGUGCUCAACUCGUUGAAGAAAAGAAGCGACGAGAAUUUUUAACUCAACUUUUUGAAGCAGCUAAAAAAUUUGUUCAAGAUGAUGGACCAACAGAUUCUCAAAUGGUACCAAUUGGCCGAAUUGAUGAAAAUCCUUAUCUUGAAAAACAAUACAAAUCACUUAAACGGGUUUUUGCUUAUCAUGGUACAGUUUCUCAAGCUAUGGUACCAAUAUGUCAGAUUGGAUUUGAUCCAAAGCGUCGAUCCGGCCAGGUUCAUGGUCCCGGUGAAUAUUUUGGAGUGGUAGCAAAAAUGUCUCAUGGUUAUUCUCAAAGAUUGCGUAAACACUUACAAUCUAGUCAAAUGAUCAUUGCUUAUAUUAUACGAGGCGCAUAUUUAAAAACUGUGCAAAACUUCUGUUACGUUAUCAUGAAUCCAACAGAUUGGAAAUAUGCUUUUAAUUUGCCAGUACUCAUUGUUAUAUAUGGAGAAAGCGAGUAUAGUCCAACGUCGCCUUUCCCAAUUCCAAUACCCAACUAUGCCGAUGAUGAACAAUCCUAUGUUGCACCUUUCCGGUGA